CGACCGUGAUUAUUUUGCCAGCGGGCAGUUCGCAAUUUGUAAACAAACAUCUAAAAAUAUGGUUCGGUUAUUAUGAUAAAUAAUGUAAUUGCAGAAAAAUUUUAACUUUUUUUUUAAAAAGCUCUAACUUAUUGUAUUUUUUUAACUAUUAAUUAUUUUUACAUUUCAACAUGGGAACAUUUCUGUAUCAUUGUUUUUAUCUUUCGAACAUUUAAAUGUCUUUACAUAGUUAUUUUCCUUUAGUUACAUGAAAAGUACAAAAUAAUAGUUACUUUCUUUUAGUUACAUGAAAAGCACAGAAUAAAAAAUUGCAUCAUUUACCAUAGCUGUAUGCGAUGGCGAAUAUCCAAGACACUGCUGACUUCUUCAGUGUAGAUUUUCCCCAGCAAGAAAACUUAACUGAUGAUAUUGAUGAGGAAGAAGAUAAGGAAGAGGCUGCUGAAAAUGCAAGGAGAGAUGCUGAGCUUCAAGAAGAAAUAGAAAAUUUUGAUGAUGAUUCAGAAGCAGAGGGUUCUGAAGAUGGGUCUGAUAAUGAAUCGGGUGUAAAUAUCAACUUCGACCAUGAAUCUCAUGAAUCCUUUCCAGUUCGAAGAAAUGGGCAAGGUAUUAGACCACGCCAGCGUGUACAAGAAAAUCUUCGUGAAUUUCUAGUAACUCAAAAUGAGGAUGAUAGAAAUGGGCAUGGUAUUAGGCCACGCCAGCAUGUACAAGAAAAUCUGCGUGAAUGUCUAGUAACUAAAAAUGAUGAUGAUAGAAAUGGGCAUGGUAUUAGGCCGCGCCAGCGUGUACAAGAAAAUCUUCUUGAUUGCCUGGUAACUCAAAAUGAUGAUGAUAAUAUUUCUUUAAGCAACAGCUAUGAGAAUAGGCAUGAUGAUAAUCCUCUGAUGACUUCAAGCAAUAGCUAUGAGAAUAGGCAUGGUGAUAAUCCUCUAAUGACUACAAGCAACAGCUAUGAUGGUGAUCCUAAUCUUUCUUCUAACAAGAGCUAUACCAAUGGUCAUGAUGAUAAUCCUGAAGUAUCUUUAAGCAGCAAUUACACUCCUAGACAUGACAUUCCAUGUCAAAAUCACUUUGAUAAUACUGAUUGGCAGUAUCUGCCUUCUCAAAACAAUUAUGGUGCUAAGCCUACUGAAGAUAUUUCUCAUAACUCUGGCAAUGCUUCUCGAAUUAUAUACAAUAAUGUGAACCAUCAUUUAGGUAUUCAUCCCACCCCACACACUCCAAGUUCUGUAUUAAUAGCUUCUCAAAACAAAUCCAAUGAUGAUGUUCCUUACACCAAGCCUGUUGGAGAUGGACAUCUUUUGAAUGGCACAAAACAAGACGCAACACUUCAAAAUUUACAUGAUGAGUAUAUGAAACUUCUAACAUUUCAUAAUAACGCCUGCCAGGAAUUGAAAAGGAUAAAGAAGAGAGAAAAAGAAACUGUGGAUGAAAAAUUAUCUGAGAUCAGAAAUCUUCAAAUAAACCUUGAGCUAAUACAAGGUGAAAAAACUUCCCUAGUCUCUAAACUGGAUGAAUUGCAAAAAUAUACAUCUGAUUAUGAACUUCAGAAGAAAAAGCAGGAGGGUAAGAUUGCAGCUCUUGAAAGUGAACUUGCUUCUGUUACAGAUGCUAAAAAUGAGAUGCAGUCUGAAUUACAGUCGUGUGAAGAAAAAAUAGAAUCGUUGGAAAGACAGUUGAAAGGAAUGCACCGGUCUGAAUCACUCUCCAACCUUCGAAAGCAACACGAGAGCGUCCUUUCAGAAUUAAAAUUGCGUCACCAGAAUGAAGUAUUAGACUUUAAAAAAUUUAUUGACCAACUUGAAUCUGAAUUGAAGAGUAAAUCUAAAGAUGUGAUGCAUUUAGAAGAUAGAGUUAGUGAAUUACAAAAAAAAUAUGACCAUUUGGUAAUUGAAAAGAGUGAGAUUUUCAAUAAUUUAUCCUCACAAUUGGAAGCUACUCAAAAACAGUGUCAACAGCUUCUUGAAUCUGGAGGAAUGAUAGAUGUCAGUAUUUUGAAAGCAAAGGUUCAAGAUCUUGAAAAAGACAAGGCCAACUUAAGUGAACAAAACUCUAUUCUUAAAGAAAAGAUUAAAUCAUUAGAAGCGGAGCUGCAUACAACAGAAGCAUUGCAGAGGAUUGCAACAUCUCGUUUCGCACAAGACAAUACUGAAAUCUCUAAAAAUGAAAUUCAGAAUUGUAAUUCUCAGCUGGAAAUGGCCUUGAAGAAUCUUAGGGCUACGAGAGGAGAAAAUAAAAAUUUACUGCAUGAUUUGGAAGAAAAGGAUGUCAAAAUACACGAUUUGCAAAACAAAGCCACCUUUUACGAGUCUAGAUUUCAUGACUCUGAGAAAAAAUCAAAAGAAUUGGAAGGAAAAGUUCUUUCUCUGUCAACAGUUAAUGCGGAAAUGAAAACUUCCUUUGAAAAUAAAGUGGAGAAAUUGGAAAAAUUAGUGAAGGAUUUGCGAACUAAGUUUCAAAAAGCAUCAGAAAAACUGAAGCAAACAUCAGAAAUGAAAGAAAGUUUUGCUGAAACCUGUGAAAAGCUGCAAAAAAGAGUUGCUGAAAUGAUUGAGCAUCAUGCCAAUGAAAAGAAAAAAGCUGUGGAAGAAUGCCGUGCCAAAUUCAUGGAGCUUCAUGAAAAAGAAGUGAGCGAGUUGAAAGAAAAGCUUCACUCUGAUUCUGAAACAGAUCUUAUUUGUUUGCGUGCUAAAUAUGAAAAUGAGAUAUCUAAACUUCAGAAAGACUUGGAUGAUGCAAAUAUGAGAUUACUUGAGGCUAAACAAGACUAUAUAAAAAUAUUUGAAGAAAACAAAGAACUUCGAAAAACAUUCAAUGACAGUACAAGACCAAAGGAACGAACAGAAAUCGAAGCUUUUAUGCGAGCAGAAUAUGAGAACAAAUUAGAGCAAAUGAAGGAACAACUGCAGAAGGAAAAUGAAAAAACUGUUGGAACUCAUUUGAAAAUAGAGAUAGCCAAAAUCAAAGAAGAAUGGACAAAACAUAAAUUAGCUGAAGUCAAAAAUUUUAUUGAAAGCACCAAAAAACAGUUGGAUGAAAAAUUUAGAGAUUGCCUACUUAAAGAACGAACAGCUUUGCAACAGGCUCACACAGAAAAAGUUCAGUUGUUGAAAAAUGAGUAUGAGAAAGAGAAAUUGGCAUUGAAUUCUAAACUAAAUAAAGUCUACCAAUCAGAGUGGGAAAAAAGAUGCGAUUAUAUAAGAAAACAGCAAGAAGAACAGAUUCAUCUCUUAGAAAAGGAUUACGAGAAAAAAAUACAGGACAUGGAAAGUAAAAUUAAAGAACUACAAGAGAAAUUACCAUCACCUAAAAUAUACAAUGAUGAGGUGGAGGAAUUAAAAGAACUUUUCUCCCAAAAAGAAAGUGCCUGGAAAAGUGAAAGUCAGCAACAUCUCUCAAUGAUUGCAGCUCUCAAAGCAACUUUGAACGACCAGGAGGACAUUGAGAAAAAACUGAGAGAAAAGUUAAAUAAAUACAAGAGGUACUGUGAAAAAAUGGAAAAAGAGUACAAAAAUGAAACUUCUUUGUUAAAUAGAAAAGUUUCAGAACUGCAAAAGAAACAAGAAUUGCUUCAAAUGGAUAAAGAAAAUUGUGAACAACGGCUGCACAGAACAGAGGCUGAAUUCUCAAGAAAACAACAGUUUUCUAAAACUUGUUGCAUCCAGACAGAUCAAGAAGUUGUACCAAAACAAGAUCUUAUAGAGAUGAGAAAAUUAUUUUUUGCCUGCUUAAGGAGCAUAUCUGAGGAUAAUAAGAAAUGUUUAAAUGCAGCUAAGGAUCGGAGCAUCGAACGUCAUCGCCAAUUAAUCCUUCAGUAUCACCGACAGCUAACCUCUAAAAUGUUCCAAGACCACUCUAAAGAAAUACAUUCCUUUCUACAAAGCAUUGCCAUUCCACAAACAAGAGCUAAAACUACCAUAUCUUCCAGUCCUACUUUCACUUUUGAUGUGAGCAAACAUGCACAAAACUUUUGCAGCACUAAGAUUAGGUCAUCUCCUUCAACAAACAAUAAAUAUGCACAUAACAAAAUUAAUGCUGAUCAGGAGGAUUCAGCACGAAUUUUCGCCAAUGCUGAUCCUGCACAACUGAACUUUGAGGACCUUUCUUUUGACUUUCAACUUCGCAGGCUUCCACAAAGUAGUACUUUUGAUUCAGGGAAACCAUUGACUGAUACGGGAUUUAGCAGUAAAAGGGCCCAUUCCUGAAGUACCACUUACCAAUAAAGAUUUUAACUGUGCACAAUCUAAUUCUUGAAGUGAAACUGUGAUUUCUCACUAAGUGCCGUUAGCAGAAGUGCCAACUAUUACGAUUUUGGAGAAUUUUUGUAAUCUGUUUGAAAUACUUAUUCCUUUAACUAGCAAGAGUUAUACAAUUUUUGUUUUUUUGCAGCCAAUAUAUGCUACUUCUUAAACAAUUCUAAAAAAAAUGAAAAUGGGGAAUAAACAUGAUUUAAAAGAAAAAAGAAAGUAAAGAGCCAAGAAUGCUCUCUCAUCUUUCUCUCCUCCACCAAGCUAAUAUUAAAACGCCGAUGAGGGUUAAUUUAAAUUUUAACCAAAAACUAGAACAAUGAUUCCAAGUUAACAAUUUAUCAUUUUAUGAUAAAGUAUAUAGUUUCAGAAAUUCAUUUUAUUUGGUACCUUUCCUUAGUGUUGUUACUCUUUUUAUUUAAUAGUAAAAUUCAUGCAUACAUUUUGUUAAUAUUUUAUACUAAUGUGGAAAUAAAUACACCUUGAAAUUAUGCAAAGUUUAAAUUAUGUUAUAACUUCUAUAAAGAAUAUUUCUGUGUUACUGUAUGUACUUCUAAUUACUAAUAGCUGGUUUGAAAAGUUGGCAUCUCUGUUUUUAGUUUUAGGUUUUUUUUUAAACUUUCAUUCUACAUUUCAUGUAAAUAUUCAGUAACAGUCUUUCAAUUGCAUUCUUAAACUGCCGUCAAAUUUUAUAAGCAAUGUAUUAUUUGUUUUUGUAUCUAGCCAUACAGCAUUAUGAAUUGAAUAUGUGCAGUCGAACAAUCUAGCUCAGGAGCACCACAUUCAGAAAUUCUCGCUCCCCAUAAAUGUAUCCAAAAGUACUUCUUUGAAAGAGGGAACACUUUUAUCUUACUUUUUUAAAGAGGAUGUUGUUACGAAUUGUUUAAUACGUAUAAACGUUUAAACAUAUAGAGCAUGACGAAAAGAAACAAAGUACAAUCUCGCUACUUUUUGGGGAGAGUAUACACUAUUUGUGCCAUUUGAAAGAUAAAUGUAUGUAUUAAUGUCUAUUUUAUAAGCAAAAUCGGUUGUUGCCACCAAUAAUUUACAAAAUUAUCAAUAUUUUAUUUUAUAAGAAAGAAAAAAACUUCCAUAUGAAAAUGAGCAAAUUUUCAGGACUAUCACGCUAAUUCAAAUAAGUCAGAAGUCUGACUCUCUUUAUAAAAAGUGUGUUAGAAAAAUUUGGUGAAUGGUCUCAUAAAAUAGAGGAAACAAGAUGUACAAAUCACAAAAAAAAAAAAAAAAAACUGAAUAACUUUUGAUCUAAUAAAGGGAUUUUCAAGUACUGAGAUUCUGAUGGUUUGAAGGCCUAACCUUAAAUAAACUAAUAAUGCACAUGAUGUUCUGAAUUUUUUUUUUUUUUUAAAUCGGACAUAAAUACGUACUUUAUCUGAAAUAACGUGUCUUUUUUUCCCACUGGAUUUGAUUUCUCGACCCUAGAAAUAUGAGGGUAGCUGCAAGCUACAAAAUAGGGUGCCAAUAGUUUGGUCAGCAUAACGGUUUAUAAGUUUGGACAAUUUACCAAUAAUUUGACUUUUUGGCACACCUUAUUAGUUUUUUAAGCAAAUCAAAACUUUUGCUCACAAUUAAAAAUAAAAAAAUUUCCAAAAAUACU